AAUUGCAUUAACUUUGGAAACGUGGUGGCGAAUCCUGUAAAAAAAAAAUGCUUGUUUUUACACUGUUGCUAUUUUUCUAUUGUGGUACAACAGUUUAUUGUGAGGCCAUGGCAGCUUCUCUGGGACCCCCAUUCAGGACCGGGUCUAGAGCUGGGCUACAGAUAAUUAGAUCACUGCUAUCAGUUUCACUGUCUCUUUUCUACAUCACAAUUUACAUGAUAAUAACACUCUCGAUGGUCCCCCUCUCUCAAAAGCGCUUAGACUUUCUCCUUUUUUCCCCCUUUCCAACAUCCAAAUGAUUCACUGCCUCACCUUAAAAUGCACUUAUGGGGUGGGAAUUAAAAAAAAAUCCCUGGGAAAACCUCUCAACGUGAGAGAAAAAAAGGGUAUGGCAGAAACUGUCCAUUGGCACGUGAUUUCACAACAUGCAAAGUGCAAUGAAUGCGAUUAAAAAGAAACUUUGUCAGGGCUGCUAUAAACGUGUUUAAUGCCUGGGAAAGUACAGUUUAGUGGACUGAAUUGGAAUUAGAUCAGAUUAAAUACAUCUGAACUGACUUUACAUUCUUUAAAAGUCUACUUAGUGGGAUCUCAAAAGAAAGAUGGGAAAAAGUAUAUAUGGGGUUUUGGGCCAAAAAACAAUCUGUAUCAAUAAGCAAAAAUCAUGAAAAUAGUUGUUUCUGAGCUAUUUGAAUUAAACAUUAUCUUUAAUAUCAAUACUCUCCACAUUCAAACACUCCCAACAUCCUCAAGUGUUUUCUUUCUAAGCCCACCAUGUUCCAAACCAGAGCGACGUCCUUUAAGUGCUUUCACUGAAAUCAGGAUCCGUUCGGACCCCUACGAAAGUCCCAGUGUUGGAUCCCCUCUGCAGUAUUCACUGCUGGCCAAGAAACUUCCUGCAAAUGCUGAAUUGUUUACAGCGGCUAUUUCACUCAUACCCAGGAUUUCUUAAGGUCAACAUUUCUUCUGGCACACUGGGCUUGAACUGCACUUUAUUCCCCUUUAAUUUAACAGCUCCGGCAGCUUUUCUAGUUAAAUCGACUGUUCAUUAUUGAGCCUCAUUUUACGAAGGGGCUGUGAGGUGCAGUUUAAUGAAUCUCUGGCACAAAGAUCCCUUUCACUGCUCAAGGAAGAAUAGAAGCUAUUUAGACCAUGUAGGGCUGUAUGUCAAAGGCAGCCUAUAAUAGUUGUCAGGCAGAGGCUAAAAUUCCCACUGGUGCGGGAAUGCACGAGAAAUCAACUUCCACUACGAACAGAUUAAGAUAGUUGUAGGAAGUUACAAGAACAUGUAGAAAAAAAAAAAAAACAGUACUUGUCCCAAAGCAUGCACAGGACAAGGUUUGGUCAAGUUUGUAUGACAUAUGCAUUCGAAUUCAAGAGGUGUAUUUUGUGAGACAUGUAGAAAAGUAUCUAAAAUGUAGAUCACAAUGCAUGAAACUUGAAUUCUCUAGGGGAAUAAAAUGCCACAACUGAUUGAAAACAAAACGUAGGUCCAGUAUUAUUUAAUCCAGAACUAAACAUCUUCUUUAAAAUCUCCCAUCAAGUUUUACAUCUCUAGAGUACAUCAGAUAAAUUAUUUUAAUAAUCAUUCCACAAGUGGUUCAGAAUUUAUUUUACACUAACUAUCUGACUUUAAACACAUUGUUGUGUCUGGAAACAUUUGCUAGUUGGUCAUUCAUGUGCUAACAUUUUGAGUCAGAUGUUUAAUAUACAAACUGUUAAGUUCUGUCCAUUUCAAAAGAUUUAAACAAAUUUAACAAACAAAACUCUGUCAUAAAUAAGAUGAAAGUAAUUCAGAUCCCUUGUGGACAGUCCAAUGUAGUUGCUCUCAAAGAUUUCAUAUCAUAAAAUGUGUAUAUUCACAUAGACAUGUACAUGAAGACUUGACCAGGACAGAUGAACCCGAGGCUAUUGUCUUUUUACUCUGUGGGAUGCCUCAGACAAAUCCCUCUUAGUUGCAGGUGGUCAGGCGUGAGCAAAGAGUUAAGUCCCAGGGUCCCUCAGCCCCUCCCCUUUGAUGUCCUGACAUCAUUGGCCCUGCCCCCUAAAAUAAUCCUCCCUUCCCCCAAAUUCCAGCUUUCGACAGAGUGCAGACGAACUGUAAGGGUGUCCUGCACAGGACCAAGGGUUAGCAAACCACCCUGGAAAUGCAGAUAGGAAAUAUGCUUUAGGGUCUCUAGAAGACAAUUGCAUACAUCCUGUGCGAAGGAGUUGUGCUUGUGGCAGAGAGAGAGAUGGCUGUUCAGGCUGCCAUCAUGAACUCGCAGUUCUUAAACUUCUGUUUUCCUGGCUCGGUCAUGGAUUAUGAGGUGGAAAAGGGUCUGGAAGGGGGUCUCCUGGGUGAGGUGGACUGUGAGGGUGACUUUCGGGAGACCACUAGGGAUCUGCUUAGCUUCAUCGACUCUGCUUCCAGCAACAUCAAACUUGCGCUGGACAAACCUGUUAAGUCCAAGAGGAAGGUCAACCACCGGAAGUACCUGCAGAAACAGAUUAAGAGGUGCACGGGGAUCAUCUCGCCAGGGACCACACCUGUUCAGGAGCCAUGCAAGAGGCAAGGCUCGCCCCAAAACCCAACAAGCAACCUCUCCAGCAAAACACCCAAGAAGGAUGGGAUGCAGGCCAACCUGCAAAGCAAGAGCCUGGCUGCCCUCUUUAACCCAGCGAAGGAUGUACGAGGAGAGAGGGCCAAGAAGCCCCCACUGCGGCAUCGAAACCUUCCUCCAUCCUUUUUCACGGAGCCAGCCAACAGCUCCAGAGUUACAUCUACUUCUGGCAUGUCGCUCAAAGACCUGGAGCGAGGGACUCCGGAAGCAGCAGAGUUCUUGGAGCUUCUCGGACCUGACUACAGCAAUAUGGUCUCAGAGCAGGAUCUAUUCCACACCGCACCUAUCAGGAUUCAACAGGAGGUGUCCAUGGGUCCCGAGCCAUAUGACUCCCACCAUUUUGUAACUGGUGGGUUUUUGUACACCGAGCCUUGGGGCACUUGUAGCGACACCCCCAAAAAGUCAGGAGACAUGCGGACACUACCAGUACAGCCAAAUCUUUAUACUCACACGGACCUUUCUGGCAGCCUGCCUGUGGAACAGAGCUCGCCAUGUGCACUUACCUUUUCAAACUUCUUUACAGACUGCUCCACACUGCCGGUCUCCUACGAUCUGGCGAACGGAUACAACAGAGGGAGCUUUUCUUCUCUUUAAGCCAGAGAUUUUCUUUUUCUCAGACAUUACAUUGGGACAAAAACACUUGCAUUUUCAGUAUGGUAUUGACAAAGGACGCUAUCUACAUGAAAUGUCUCUUUUAAUCCUGAAAUAUUUGCCUCAAAACCAGCUAAUGGACCCUUUUAAAACAUCACUUGAUGGGAUGACACGUAUACAGUAGCUUACAAUCUAAAGAAGGCCUUUUCUCCAAAAUUGAAUAAAAACAGAAUGCAUUUCUAAUCGUAAAUUAACAAACUAUGCCUCAGAUUUUUAUGUUACUGUUCCCUGUAAAUAAAACAACAACAAAAAUGUUUUCUUAAUGUAUGGAUACACUUUGAACCUCUUACUCUUUAACAUGAGCAUUGUUUGAUUGACAAUAUUAACAAUUUUCGAAACAAUUUGUUACAGGGCUGAUCUCAGGGGGUUCUGCUAAUUUGUUUAAAUAUGUCACAGACUAAAUAGUUACAGGCAUACAGUGAUCCCAUUAAGUAUUUGAACACUUAAUCCACACUUAAAAUGUAUGGGUUUAUGUCCAUGAGACAACAAAAUAUCAAAUCAAGUGGCAUCUGCAAACAAAAUGAUGUUCAGAUUUUUUUCUUCUCAGUCAUUUUUAAUCAAAUGCUGUAACAGUAUGAAGUCGAUUCUUCUCAAGUUCAAAGAAGUGUCCUAACAACAGGUGUAGUACAUUAACUACAGACAUGAUCCAUUUAACAUUUAACAACCAAGUCUUAAUUUUAAACAGAAUUUUUGGUUGUUUUCUAACUUAAAACCAAACAAUAGUUUUUUGCCAUAUGCAUGCUUUAUGUGCUUGUGCUAUCUUUCUUAAAAAUAAAUGCCACUUACAUUGAUAUUUUGUAUUUAAUGGCAUAAUAUAUUUAAGUGUAAAAAUACUUUUUAGGGUCAAGACAAAAAAAUACAUAUGCAACAGUCUACAACAGUGGCAAACAAGACAAUCUGCCUACAUUCUUAUUUUUUAAUCACUGUUUGUUCAUCUAUUGUUUGUUGACUGCUUAACACGCAACUAUUAGGUUUGCACAUCUAAAUCAACGACUUGCAGUUCCCUUAAGGUAAAUGUUUGAAUGAAUAUACUAUAUAGUUCUCUGAGGUUGGUCUAGAUCUGGCUUUUUGGAGUUUCUUGGCAUUCUGGAAGAAAUGGAAAACUAUGAAACAGCUAAUGGGAUAAAAAGAAAAAGGUGGUAAAAUUGUGCAAAAUAAGCUAUUGGUAAUAAUGUGUAAUAGUUGCAGUUCACAAAUGAUCAUGUUCAUCAAAAAAGGAGAUCAACAUGAAAACUAUACAAUAUUAUACAACAUUACAACAUUGAAAACUAUACAACAUUAUUUUGUAACACUAUUGUCUUUCAUUGGUUUAGGAUAGAGAAUUAAAAUAGGAAUCAGACAUCUCCAAUUGCAUUGGGAAGCAACAAAUAGUUAAAAUAAAUUAAGCUAAUGAAUUAUUUUAUAUUUAGCUGUAGUUUUUAAAGAAUUUUAUGUGGGAAGCAUCAGCCAAGAGUAAAAAAUUGUGUUUUGUAAUUUAUAUGCUUACUCUUCACAUUGUUUGCAGUACGGAAACAAAAAAGUGAGAGCAACAUUCAGUUUUUCUGACAUUUUCUUUUUCAAGAACUGAUACUUAUUGUCUGUUUAUUGGUAAUGAAUCGCACACCUAAAUCUAUGGACUACAGGGGCACUGGAUGGAAGUUUUGUUGGUCAUAAAGUAAUGGGACAAAAUAAAGCUGGUCUUUAUGUCUAUUAAAGAAAAGCCUUCUUUGCAUGUCUAUUUUUUUAAUCAGAAGCAGACAUUUCAAUGUGCAGCAUGAGUAAACUCAAAACAAUAAAAAAGACAGAUAACCUUUCUGUUUAUCACAAGGGAUAUAAGUGCAGGUACAACCAUUUCAUUCUAUUUCAGUAUUUUUACUGGCAAACAAAAGGGUGCAACACUAUUUACGUUAUGGCACCCUCUGUUGGCCAAUAAACGUCUUCAUCAUUCUCA